AUGAAGCUCGUCUUCAAACGCCAUUGCAGCUCUCUCACAUCCUUAAAUCUACAGAGCACCAAAAACCCAUCACCCAAACAAUCCCAAAUCCUCCGACUCUGCAAGCUGGGCUUACUCUCCGAUGCGAUUCGGGUCCUGAACGCCAUUGAUUCCGGCGAAAUCACCCUUAAACCAAUCCUAUACGCUUCGCUCUUACAAACUUGCACCAACGCUGUUUCAUUCAACCAUGGCCUCCAAAUCCAUGCGCAUGUCGUUAAGUCUGGCCUCGAAACCGACAGAUUCGUUGGGAACAGCUUGCUUUCUCUGUAUUUCAAGUUGGUUCCCAAUAUGUCCGAGACUCGGAAAGUGUUUGAUGGUCUUUUUGUUAAGGAUGUGAUAUCAUGGACUUCGAUGAUAACUGGGUACGUUAGGGCUGGAAAGCCUGGAAAUUCAAUUGAAGUGUUUUAUGAUAUGUUGAAGUUUGGGAUUGAGCCAAACGCGUUCACUUUGUCUGCCGUGGUUAAAGCUUGUUCGGAGAUUGGGGACUUGAUGCUGGGCCUGUGCUUUCAUGGAGUGGUGGUGAGACGUGGGUUUGUUUCUAAUCAUGUUAUAAUUAGUGCUUUGAUUAAUAUGUAGGAUGAAUUGACUGAACCAGGUGCUAUAUGCUGGACGUCGGUUAUUUCUGCGUUCACAAGGAGCGAUUUGUUUGAGGAAGCAUUGGGGUUCUUUUAUUUGAUGCAUAGAUAUCAUGGGUUGUCUCCCGAUGGUUUUACGUUUGGGACGGUAUUGGCUGCUUGUGGCAACUUGGGGAGGCUGAGGCAAGGUGGAGAAAUGCAUGCUAAGGUAAUUACAUAUGGACUUUGUGGAAAUGUGGUUGUUGAGAGUAGCUUGGUUGAUAUGUAUGGAAAAUGCGGGUCAGUAGAGUAUGCUCAACGUGUCUUUGAUAGGAUUCCCAAGAAGAACUCAGUUUCUUGGUCUGCGUUGCUAGGAGUGUAUUGUCAAACUGGAGACUUUGAAUCUGUCAUUAAGCAUUUCAGGGAAAUGGAAGAGGCUGACCUAUACAGUUUUGGAACUGUUCUUCGCGCAUGUGCAGGUUUGGCGGCUGUACAACAAGGGAAAGAAGUGCACUGCCAGUAUGUGAGAAGGUGUGGUUGGAGAGAUGUUAUUGUAGAAUCAGCUUUAGUUAAUCUUUAUGCAAAAUGUGGUUGCAUAGAUUUUGCCCGUAGAGUUUUCACGCAGAUGCCAGUUAGGAAUUUGAUAACAUGGAACUCAAUGAUUUGUGGGUUUGCUCAGAAUGGUGGAGGUGCAGAAGCUCUUAGAAUAUUUGAUAGGAUGAUUAAGGAGGGGGUUAAGCCCGACUAUAUCAGCUUUAUUGGGGUUCUUUUUGCUUGUAGUCAUGCAGGUUUGGUUGAUCAAGGGCGAAACUAUUUUAUCUUGAUGACAAAGGAGUACGGGAUUAAACCUGGGAUUGAACAUUAUUGUUGCACGGUUGAUCUUCUAGGCCGUGCUGGGCUACUUGAAGAAGCUGAGAAUUUAAUAGAGAAUGCAGAUUGUAGGAAUGAUUCUUCCCUUUGGGCAGUUCUUCUAGGUGCUAGCACAAGCUGUUCGAACUCCACUACAGCAGAGCGCAUAGCCAAGAAAAUGAUUGAACUACAACCUGACUACCAUUUGAGUUAUGUUCUUCUAGCUAAUGUGUAUAGAUCAGUAGGCCGAUGGGAUGAUGCCUUGGAGAUUGGGAGGAUAAUGCAAGAUAGAGGGGUUAAGAAGACGCCGGGUAAGAGCUGGAUUGAAUCCAACAGUAAAUUGGGUUCUUUUCUUCCUGCGGGUGAUGUGGAAAUUCCAAGAAGAAUAAAUUUUCCUGUUGUUAUGGAUAUUGUCUAAAAGUGAGAAGAAAUAGGAGUGAACCAACAAUCCACUGUCAACCCAUCCUUGAUAAGAUACUCACAUUAUGCAAUUCAAGAAAUGGUUGGUGGAGACAAUUGCAUUGAUGCAUUCUUCUUAGCUUUUCUCACUUCGAUAUACA